UCUGAGUUAACUGGCAUGGGACUGAUGUCUGUGCGAACAAGUAUUUUAAAGAAGGCAUUAAUUAGAAGCAUCUUAUCAUUUUGUGAUCCCCGUAGGUUUGGAAGAAGCUGCUGUUCAGCUUAUGUUUCUUUCACGCACUGGUUCAAGAGAGACGCAAGUUCGGUCCACUCGGCUGGAACAUUCCUUAUGAGUUUAACGAGUCUGACCUCAGAAUAAGCGUGCGUCAACAGCAGAUGUUUCUGAAUGACUAUGAACACGUUCCACUGGAUGCCUUGACGUAUCUCACCGGACAGUGUAACUAUGGAGGACGAGUCACCGAUGAGCGAGACAGGCGUCUUAUUUUAAGUAUUCUGUCCAUAUUCUACUGCCGUGAGGUCACUGAAGAUGAACAUUAUAAGUUUUCCAGCAGUGGGGCUUACUUUGCACCACCAGAGGGUCCUUACGAGAGCUACUUAGAGUACAUCCGUAGUCUUCCUCUCACACCAGAUCCUGAGGUAUUUGGUUUGCAUGAAAAUGCUGACAUAUCAAAGAACCAACGAGAAACUCAGCAGCUCUUUGAUGGAAUUCUACUCACACUACCCCGGCAGACAUCAAGUGGAGGGAAAUCAUCCCAAGAUGUGCUCAAGGAUUUGGCGUCUGAUAUCCUGUCAAAAAUCCCGCCACCUUUCGAUACCGAAAUGGUUCAGAAAAAGUAUCCCGUACUGUAUGAAGAAUCUAUGAAUACUUUUACAAAACCAGUGCUCGCCGUGGCGUACUAUCUACGACUGGGCACUCGACUAAUUACGUGCUUUCUAUCAACCUACCGUCCAAGAGACCAGAGAAUCACUGGGUUGUACGGGGAGUCGCCAUGCUGUGUCAGCUGGACGACUAGAUAA